GAGCCUUCCGCGCUGUGUCCCAGGGUGGCCAGUGAGCGGACUGAGGGCUCCUCUACCGUCCUGCUUGACUCUCCUCGGCCCACCACCUGCCAGUGAGUCAGACCCUGAGAAGGGGAAGUGGAGGGCCUUGAUAGGGGCCAGUUCCUCAGGUGGGUCUGAGUGUCCUGCCUCCCCGAGGGUGCUCCCUGCCCCAGCUUCUGAAAGCAGAGUCCACCGGAGCCAUGGCCCCAAGACUCCUCCUGGCCCUUGCCCUCUGGGCUGGCUACUCAUCCUGCAGUGGGAGAGAAGCAGUCCCCUCCCAGCCCAGGGUGUGGUGCUGGGCCUUUAGGUACCCGAUUGCCGUGGAUUGCUUCUGGACCCUGCUGGCUGCUGCAAACUCCACCAGGCCCACAUCCAUCAUUGCCACGUACAGGCUUGGCGUGGCCGCCCGUGGGGAGAGCCAUCCCUGCCUCCAGCCAACACCAGAGGCCACCAGCUGCACCAUCCCAGACAUCCGAAUGUUCUCCAUGGUACCCUACAUGCUGAACAUCACGGCCGUCCACACCUGGGGCAUCAGCAGCAGCUUUGUGCCCUUUGUGCCAGAGCACAUCAUCAAACCGGACCCUCCAGAAGGUGUGCGCCUGAGCCCCCUCCAUGGGCAGCGGCUGUGGGUGCAGUGGGAACCUCCCAGGUCCUGGCCCUUCCCGGAGAUCUUCUCACUCAAGUACUGGAUCCGAUACAAGCGUCACGGGACUGCCCGCUUCCGCCAGGUGGGGCCCAUUGAAGCCACGUCUUUCACCCUCAGAGCUGUGAGGCCCCAGGCCAGGUACUGCGUCCAGGUGGCUGCUCAGGACCUCACUGAUUACGGGGAGUCAAGCAACUGGAGUCUCCCUGCCACUGCCUCUGUGAUCCUGGGCAAGUAGCAAGGGCUCCGCAGCACCCCAGAAGAGGGGCUCGUUCCUUGACACCCACCCCACCCUGCACUGCUGCUUCCCACUCCAAGGUGGAUGGAACCUGUCCAGCCUGGGUUCGCUGCUGCUGAGUUGCUGGGCAACCUUGAACAAGUGACUUUGCCUCUCUAACUUUUAAUUUCCUAAUCUGUGAAAUGGAGAUGUAUGCCCUCGCUACAGAACUGUGAUUGUGAUGUAUUAUUUAUUGUUUAAUUAAACAAGGACCAUUUUCAAUAGAA